GUUGCACGCUGGGAUCCUUCAGUCACUGUUUCUCUGUCAUGGCGGCCCGUGUCCUGCAGCACUGUGUCCGCACGCUGAGGCUCUCCUCCGGCCCCCUGGCCCUCAGAGCCGCGGUGGUACCGGCAGCUCCUCUCCACCGAGCCCUCUCCUUCUACUCGGCCGACCGGAGGACGCGGUGUGUGAACCGGUUCCCCUCAUUGGACGUGUUGUGCCGACAGUAUGGUCAUCUGCCCCCCCUCACCCUAGAAAGCAUCGAAGAACGCGUCCUGUACGUCCUGAAGCUCUACGACAAGAUCAACCCCGAGAAGCUGCAAGCCACCUCCCACUUCAUGAAAGACCUGGGGCUGGACAGUUUGGACCAGGUGGAGAUCAUCAUGGCCAUGGAGGACGAGUUCGGCUUUGAGAUCCCUGACGGAGAAGCAGAGAAGCUGAUGACUCCUGACGAGAUUGUACAGUACAUCGCAGACAAGAAGGACAUUUACGAAUAAUCUGUCCUCUAGUUCACUGCAGAGGUUGACCCUAGCAAGACCCCCCCCC